AAGGAACCCAAAGCGGCGUACAUAACCCUCCUCCUCUCCAUUUUUAUCCUCACAACAACAACCCUGUGAGGAACCCACGGUGGCAUACGUAAUCCUCCUCCUCUCCGCUUUAUUCUCACAACAACGACCCUGCGAGCCAUGCCCAGACCAGACCUCAUCUCCCAGCUGGAAGAAGAAGAAGAUCCAAUUGUCCGAAGCAUUGAGGAAGGCGAGCCAGCAGCAGAUGGUGGGCAGGAGAGUGAGAAGUCUAAGGAGCUCCCUCUGGUGUCAUGGGAAACAAACCACCAUGAAGUUGGAGCAGAUACCUUUGGGAAACAAAGGAAACCGGAAGGGCACAAGGGUAAUGAACCAAAGAAUGACAUCCAUGAACGCCAAAUCCCAGAUGAAGUGAACAAACGAAAGCGAAAAGGAAAAUGUCCAGGGUCGUGCGUGGAGUGUGGAAAGAACUCCAGGGAUACUAGAAGUCUUACUGCACAUGAAAGAAGCCACAGAGAGUCGACAGUGAGUAUAGAAUGUGGAAACAGUUUCAUCAGUCAGGGAACACUGAUAGCAUAUCAAAGAACCCAUAGCCCGGAGAAACCAUAUAAAUGCAUAAUGUGUGAAAAGAGCUUCAGGAAUAGCGGAGGUCUUACUAAACAUCUAAGAACACACACAGGAGAGAAGCCAUAUAAAUGUAUGGAGUGUGGGAAGAGCUUCAGUCAGAACAAUAAUCUUACUUUACAUCAAAGAACCCACAGAGGGGAGAAACCAUAUGAAUGUAUUGACUGUGGAAGGAGAUUUAGCCAGAAUCAACAGCUUUCUUCACAUCGAAGAACCCACACAGGGGAGAAACCCUAUACAUGUAUGGAGUGUGGAAAAAGCUUUAGUCUGAAUAGUAGUCUUACUUCACAUCAGAGAACUCACACUGGGGAGAAGCCAUAUAAGUGCAUGGAGUGUGGAAAGAGCUUCAGUCGAAGUGAUACCCUUAGUUUACAUCAAAGAACUCACACUGGGGAGAAACCAUAUAAAUGCAUAGAGUGUGGAAAGAGCUUCAGGAAUAGUGGAGAUCGUACUAAACAUCUAAGAACUCACUCACAGGACAAGCCAUAUGAAUGCACGAAGUGUGGAAAGAGCUUCAGUCAGCGUGGACAACUUACUUCACAUCACAGAACACACAAUGGGGAGAAACCGUAUAAAUGCAUUGAGUGUGGAAAGAACUUCAAUCAGCGUGGACACCUCACCUCACAUCAAAUAACUCAUACCGGUGAGAAGCCAUGUAAAUGCAUGAAAUGUGGAAAGAGCUUCAGUCGAAGCAAUAGUCUUAUUUUACAUGAAAGAACACACACAGGGGAGAAACCAUAUAAAUGCAUGGAGUGUGGAAAGGGCUUUAGUCGGAAUGACAGUCUUACUUUGCAUGAAAGAACUCACACAGGGAAGAAACCAUAUAAAUGCAUGGAAUGUGGAAAGAGCUUCAGUGUGAGCAGUAGCCUUCUGUCACAUCAAAGAAUCCACACAAGGGAGAAACCAUAUAAAUGCAGAGACUGUGGGAAGAGCUUCAGUGGGAGCGGAGGUCUUAAUUUACAUCAAAAAACUCACACGUAAGGAGAAACAUGAUAAUAUUAAUGGAGUUUGGGCAGAUUUUCAGUCAGAUAAGUGUUUUUGCUGUACAAGAAAGGACCAAUACAGUAGAGAAAUAAUUUAAAACCAUACAGAGUGGAAGAAGCUACAGGGAUAGAAUCACAGAAUCAUAGAAUAGCAGAGUUGGAAGGGGCCUACAAGGCCAUCGAGUCCAACCCCCUGCUCAAUGCAGGAAUCCACCCUAAAGCAUCCCUGACAGAUGGUUGCCCAGCUGCCUCUUGAAGGCUCU